AUGGUGGCCAACGGGGGAGGGGCCAGUAGUGGCCCUUCUCGGUCGAUCCCACGGGAAGCAGCAACAGCGCCCGCUGCAGGGAUGCAGACGGCGCAGGCUCGGGAUGAGAGGCUGACGCGUGAGUUGGCGCUUAUUGAGCUCGGCAGGCGGGUGUUGAGUGCCCGUGGGUCUUUACCGACUUCUUCUUCAGCUUCAGCUUCCGCUCCAAGCAGGGAGAUGGAGAAGACUAUUAGCAUCAGGACGCCAGAAGGAAGCUUCGAUGUAACUGCCGGCGGCUUGUCUUCAGAGGAGUUCGCUGCCGCUUUCGAGAGGUACAUGGCCGGUUGCGUGCUGCAGCAGGCAAACGCGCUACAGCAGCAGCAGCAGCAGCAGCAGCAACAGCAGCAGCAGCAGCAGCAGCAGCAUACGUCGUUUUCGUCAGCAGAUACUGCAGCGCUGCUCUCAUCAGCAGUGGACCUGUCUGGCCUCCGUGAAGGUGUGCCGAUGCUGUCGUCCUCGAUCGGGCGGAGCAGCGAGGCUGCUAGGAGUUCUUCCUCCUCUUCCUCGUCAUCAUCCUCAUCCUCUUCCAGUCGGGGUUCCCCUGGGGCUUUUCAGCACAUUGUGAACGCCGCGCAAAUAGCAGCAGCAGAAGCAGCUGCAUCUCGUAACUGCGGCGAGGCGGAGGGAGGCCGACCCGUGGGUGGUGGGCACGGCGCGGACUCUACAGAUUUCCAGACUUUUAUGGCGGAGUUUGCCUCGGGGGAUGCAACUGACUUUGCCCUGAGAACCGGAGGAGGGAGAGGCCAGACUGGAGGAAGUGUAGCAGCAGCAGCUGCUGCUGCAGCAGCAGGAUUGAGUACCAGGGAUGCAGCAGCAGCCAUAUCCCACCAGUUCCGUAUUGGGGCGGGUGGGGUACUGGAACAGGAGGGCGUGGUUAGAGGGAACGGAGAGGAGGACCUCCUCAGCACUUCUCUCUUCUCGCGUCUGAUGCACGAGUGUCAGUCGCAAGGCGUCAGCGAACUCGAUCUAAGCGGUGAACAGCUUGGGGGGAACAACGGGAGGAUUGGAGCGGAUGCCAGCGCGCGAUUGUCUGCGGUGUCUGCUGAGAUCCUCGCGUUUCUGCAGCAGCACCACCUCAACAAGCUGACGGAGAAGCCGGAGACGGCAAAGCGACUGCUAGCCAGUGCCAACAGCACUGCAUGCAACAGCAACGUCAACAGCCGCAGAACAAGCAACUGCAGUCCUGGAGCGGACGACGAAGAGGAGGCGCGUGCAUACAAGCGCCGCUUCUUAGAGAUGCAUCUACUAGAGCAGAGACGGGCAAGUUUCGCUAGCAGCAGCAGCAGCAGCGGCAGCAGCGAAUUGAGGUUGAUGACUACCAGCGGGGCCGGGCCACGAGAGGGGGAGGCCAGGGAGGGGGCUGCGGACGCUGGAGGGGCGGGAGGGGAGCGAAAGCCGAAGCCUGCUGGACAUGAGAUCGUUGUUAGUGGGGCGGUGGCCAGUGACUCGCCUUCGAACCCUUCUUCUCCUUCCUACUUAGCAGAGCUGCAGUUGAUAGAACGCGUCGCUGGAGGGGAUCCGUUCGCCCAGGAGGACGCCCUUGGGGGCACCUCUUUCAGGGGGCCUCUGGGUUACUACAGCGUCUGUGAGGGGGCCGGCAAAGACGAGAGCUCCAGCCAGAGGCUGUACCCGAUAGUGCGUGGGGUGUCGCGAGACAACACCAAGAAGAGGUGGGCAGUGUACUGGAAAGGUUACAGACGGUACUUCUACGAUAAGUUCUUCGAAAGCUGCGUUGAGGCGUACAGGAGAGCCGUGCAGUUCAGGCAACAGGCCACCACUGCAGCAGCAGCCGUCACGGCCACAGGAAACCCAGCACAUCUGAUUGCUGCGGGGCUACACGGGUCGCCGGGGGGAGGGCACACCAACGCCAAGCACCACCUAAGCCAAGCGAGCGGAAGAAAGAGCAAGAAUUCAUCGCCUUCUGCAGGCGGCAACGGCUCACGGGACGAUAGAACGGUGGUUUGCUUGUACAAGGAAGCAAUCCUCUUCAUCCUAGAAGACUUGAGGAACAACGUACUGGCCCAGUAUAUCACAUCUACGGCGGCUAUCAACGCCAGCGCCGCCGCGUCAACAGCCGGGCAAGCAAUUCCAGGGGAGAUGACAGCUGCAACGACGGCGAAGCGUCUGCUGGAUCAGACGCUGAUGAUGCACACAAAUGUCGUGGGGAAUGCCACCUCCACUGCAGAGCUCCAGCCAUCCCUCAUGCUCAUUGCCCCCUGCCUAGAGGAGUUGAAACUUCCCAGCCAACAGACGCCGCAGCAACAGUUGUCGCUUAUCCAGUCCAUCCUUGCGAUGCACAUCCAGCAACUUGUGUUGCUGUCGCGAUACCUGAACAAAGGGACCGACGCCUUGCCUGAAGGGGAGGAAGCCGGCAGUGCCGGCGUGCCCCUGUUCAUGAGGAUCUGCAGGAGCAGCAAAAAGCUCCAGCAAGUGCAGGAAGCACGGUUGGCGUGCCCGCGUAGGUAA